AUGAGCAUCAUCGAAGAUUUGCUAAGGAAGGGAUAUUAUUAUGAUGCAGAGGUGUACGCAACAUGGUUGGGGGAAGGUGAGGAAGCUGUUUGUAGGACGUGCCGGAAACCGAUAUUGGGUGCCACUUUUACACUCGAGAGUACAGAUGAGAUGUACUUUCACAUAUCAUGCCUCAAUAAUGUACCCACAAAUCACAAAGCCCUUUUGUUACACUUCGGCCUGCGGAAUCAUGAUCCCUUCAUCUUCACAGAAGAAGUGAAAAAUGAUGGCAAGGAGGACGUUAACCUUGUUUGCUUCGGCUGUGAGAAGCCAGUAUCUGGUGCCGGAUACAAAUGCUCCACCUCCGAUUGCAAUUUACUCCUCCAUAAAUCAUGCCUUGAGCUGCCUCCCCAAAUACAACAACACCCCUUCCACCACUCAAACCACACCCUUUAUCUUGUCGAGCCACAGGAAAAACUUUGUAAUGCUUGCGGUAAAAACUGCAAUGCAUACCCCUUUUACCAAUGCAGUGAGUGCGAUUUCAAUCUUGAUUUCACAUGUGCUACCCGCUCGCAAAUUAAUUACACUGAUUGCCAACACACAUUCAUCUCCUUAUUUCAACAAAUCCAAUUUACUUGUCAUGCUUGUGGUGAGGAAGGCAAAGAGUUCGCCUCACAAUGUAGCAUUUGCCAACUCUUGAUCCAUAGCAAAUGUACUGGAUUUUCACGCAUUAUUCAAAUUACAAGCCAUGAUCACUCCCUUACUCUCACAUAUUCUCUUCAUCAAGUCAAAGAGCACAACCGUCUUUUUUGUAAACUCUGCUAUCAAAAGGUGAAGGCUGAAUAUGCAGCUUAUUUUUGUCAGGAAUGCAGUUAUGUGGUCCACUUAGCCUGUGCAUUUAAAUAUAAAAAAGCUGUACAUUUUACGUGGUUGCCUGAAGAAUCUGUUGAUUUAGCAACUACUGUUAAGGAGGUUGAAGGGGUUCAGGAGAUGCGACAUUUUGGCCAUCAACAUGAUUUAAUUCUUAGCAACGAGGAGCUCACGAAGGAUGAGCUAUGUGAUGGUUGUAUGGAAUUAAUCUCCACCCCAUUUUACAGUUGUACACAAUGCAAUUUCUUUCUCCACGGUAGAUGUGCUCAACUACCAAGAAAAAAGCAACACCUACUUCACCAACACCAGCUCACCCUCUCACAAGGACCCUCCUUUGGUAAAUUGUUCUGUUGUGAUGCUUGUGAACGUCUCAAUGGUGGAUUCACCUAUAGAUGUGACGCGUGUCGUUUCAACCUUGACCUUCAAUGUUGUUCAAUUCCGGAAACUCUGAGACACAAAGGUCACGAACACUCCCUCUUCCUUGCUAUUAAUUCUAAUAGAAAAUGUCAUGCGCAGCUGGAGGAUCUGGCCAACAAAGAUGCUAAUUUUGUGCCUGUUGUCUCCCCUGAUGGGAAUGAAGAUUUUGGUUCAAGUGAGCAGCAGCAUCCCACCAGUGUGCCUCUUGUCUCCUCUGAACCCAAUGAAGAUGUUGGUUCAAGUGAGCAGCAGCAUCCGAGUCAAUCCGGACCUGCAGCCCCCUUCCCUAUCAGACGCAUAGAUUUUGGACCAUUUGCUCCUUCAGCUUUCAAAAAGUAG